UGGGGGGUGGAGGGGAAGGGAGGGGCACUUAACGGUGGGGCGGCUGGGUCUGCGCCGGAUGCGGGAGAGGGGCGGGCGCCAUUGUGCCUCGCUGCGGACUGCUUUUCCGGAGUCGCAGGCCCAGAUCACCAAGGAGGAAGGCGGCGGCGAGCGGGACGACGCGCCCUGUUCGGUGCCAGCUCCGGAGCGGGGAAAACCUUAAGAAUGGAGUCUAAACCUUCAAGGAUUCCAAGAAGAAUUUCUGUUCAACCCUCAAGCUCUUUAAGUGCUAGGAUGAUGUCUGGAAGCAGAGAAAAUAGUUUAAAUGAUAACUGUCACUCAAGAGACUCUUCAUUUAGACUGGAUUCUGAAUAUCAGUCUACAUCAGCCUCUGCAUCACCAUUUCAAUCCACAUGGUAUAGUGAAUCUGAAAUAACUCAGGGAGCACGCUCAAGAUCGCAAAACCAGCAACGAGAUCAUGAUUCAAAAAGACCUAAACUUUCCUGUACAAACUGUACUACCUCAGCUGGGAGAAAUGUUGGAAGUGGUUUAAAUGCAGUAUCAGAUUCAUCUUGGAGGCAUAGUCAAGUUCCCAGGUCUUCAUCAGUGGUACUUGGAUCAUUUGGAACAGACUUAAUGAGAGAGAGGAGAGAUUUGGAGAGGAGAACAGAUUCCUCUGUUAGUAAUCUUAUGGAUUAUAGUCACCGAAGUGGUGAUUUCACAACUUCAUCAUAUGUUCAAGACAGAGUUCCUUCUUCAUAUUCACAGGGAGCAAGACCAAAAGAGAAUUCAUUGAGUACUUUACAGUUGAAUACGUCAUCCACACACCACCAAUUGCCUUCUGAACAUCAGACCAUACCAAGUUCUAGGAUCUCCAGCAGAAAUUUUUUAAGAUCAAAUUUUUCUUCAAGAGAAUCAGGAUCUACUCAAAGCAAUACACAGCCUGGAUUUUCUUAUAUGUCAAGUAGAGAUGAAACCCCAAACAUAAGCAAUUCAGAAAGGGUUGUUUCAUCUCAAAGACCAUUUCAAGAAUCUUCUGACAAUGAAGGUAGGCGGAUAACCAGAAGGAGGAGGAGAUUGCUGUCACGUAUAGCUUCUCGUAUGUCAUCUACUUUCUUUUCACAAAGAUCUAGUCAGGAUUCCUUGAGUGCAAGAUCAUUGAGUUCUGAAAAUACUUACAUAUCUCCAAGAAUCUUGACAACUUCACGGUCCCGUAGUAAUGCACCAUCAACUUCCGAAGUUCCUGAUAAUAGGGCAUCUGAAGCUUCUCAGGGAUUUCGAUUUCUUAGGCGAAGAUGGGGUUUGUCGUCUCCUAGCCAAAGUCAUAUCUCUGAGUCAGAUUCAGAAAAUUUUAGCCAAGAAUCUGAAGGUAGAAAUACUGGACCAUGGUUGUCUUCCUCCCUUAGAAAUAGAUGCACACCUUUGUUCUCUAGAAGAAGGCGAGAGGGAAGAGAUGAAUCCUCAAGGAUACCUACCUCUGAUACACCAUCUAGAUCUCACAUUUUUAGAAGACAAUCGAAUGAAGUGGUUCACCUUGAAGCACAGAAUGAUCCUCUUGGAGCUGCUGCCAACAGACCACAAGCAUCUGCAGCCUCAAGCAGUGCUACAACAGGUGGCUCCACAUCAGAUUCGGCUCACAGCAGAAGAAAUACACGAAUAGCAGGAAUUCUUCCUGGUUCCUUAUUCCGAUUUGCAGUCCCCUCGGCACUUGGAAGUAGUUUGAUUGACAAUGUUAUGAUCACCGUAGAUACUAUUCCUUCAGGUUGGAAUUUAGCUGAUGGAAACAGUGAUAAAACUAAAAAUGCACCUUCAAGAGAUCCAGAAAGACUGCAGAAAAUAAAGGAGAGCCUCCUUUUAGAGGACUCUGAUGAAGAAGAAGGUGACUUAUGUAGAAUUUGUCAGAUGGCAGCUGCGUCAUCAUCUAAUUUGCUGAUAGAGCCAUGCAAAUGCACAGGAAGUUUGCAGUAUGUCCACCAAGAGUGUAUGAAAAAGUGGUUACAGGCCAAAAUUAACUCUGGUUCUUCAUUAGAGGCUGUAACCACCUGUGAACUCUGUAAAGAGAAGUUGCAGCUUAACCUGGAGGAUUUUGAUAUUCAUGAAUUACAUGGAGCUCAUGCAAAUGAACAAGCUGAGUAUGAAUUUAUCAGCUCUGGUCUCUACCUAGUUGUGUUAUUGCACUUGUGUGAACAAAGCUUUUCUGAUAUGAUGGGAAAUACAAAUGAACCAAGCACACGUGUCCGAUUUAUUAACCUUGCAAGAACUCUUCAGGCACAUAUGGAAGAUCUUGAAAUUUCAGAGGAUGAUUCCGAAUAAGAUGGAGACCAUAAGAGAACAUUUGAUAUUGCCUAACUGCAUAUAAGACAGAUGGAUGAUCUGUGAACAAGUGUUUAUUAAAACUGGCAAUUAAGUAUGAAUUAGUUUUGUGGGGGAAUGCCUAUUAAAUACAUUGACUAUAUAUCCAAUGAAUAUAUACAUACACAUAUAUACUUGUAUAUAUAUAUUCAUUGUCAAGUGUUGCUGAAUUAAAAUUCUUCUGCUGGACCUUUUAACAUGGACAGCAAUUUUGAUGUUUAUAAACUGGUAAUCAAAAGGUUUUUUCUUUUAGAUGCGUGGGAAAGUAUUACCCUUGUUUUCAAUGUCUAAGCAAUGCCCAUAGACCCUCUUUUGUGUUCUGAUUACUGUAACCAUAUUUAUGAGGGAAAAAAAGGUUUGUGUUUAGCCUCUUGCUCUCUUGCUAGUGAGAAAAGUGGGACUUAUAUGCUUUUGAAAUAAAAUGCCAAAUGGCACCUAAUUAUUUUUCCUUUAAAAUGCCUUAAGUUGGAGUCUCAUUUUGAUAAUUAUUUGUUUCCAGUGUUUAAAAUAAAAAUAAAAGAAUGGGGAAAAUGUUAUGAAGAGCAUUAUAUUAGGUUUCCAAAUAUAAUUUGAAUUCUAAAUCCAUUUAGCAAUAAAAUCUAAUUUUUGCAAAAGUAUAUAAAAUGUAUAAAUGAUGGAUAAAUUUUUGUAUUGAUUUACAAAAUACAGAUUAUAUUUGAUAGGCCAUAGUAUGUAGAUAUUCCUUUUAGGAAUAUUGCAGCUGUAAAUUGUAUCAGAAUUGCCAGUUAAAUGCUAUUUGGUUAAAAAAUAAUUAUUGCAAUCUCAAGUUAAAAGAAUAUUUUUAAAUCCCACAUUCAAAGUUUAAAACACUGGUUUUCAAUGUGUUUUUUAGUGUUGUCACUUCUUUAUAGAUAAAUAUGACAUAAAUAACCUGUUUGGAUCCUGGUCGUUUUUAACUGUUUCUUGGUAAUUCCGAGCAUUUAUUUGAUGACUUAUUAAUGUUUUUCACUACCUUUGGAAGACAAAUGAACAUUAUCUAUUUACAAUGAAUGGGUCUACUCUGUGGUCACAAGUUGUGUAUAUUUCCGUAACACUGUAUUUUUCCUCUGUCAUCUCCCUUAGGGUAUACUAAAAACAGCUUCAGGUGAUUUCAAUUAAUGUGUCUGCUGUUACAGCAACAAACUACUUUUUCAGAACCUAAAUAGAAGCCAUGUAAUUUCUCAAAAGUGAAUUAACAGUUUGCCCACAGUUUGUUGGUUUUAUGUAAAACAUUGGCUUGAAAUAAAGUGCAUACUGAUUUAUUUU